UUGUCAAACUGAUCACACGUAUCGCUUCACAGAUGUGCGCAGCGAUCGACAUGCUCGCGUCAGAACAGCUGUUUUAUGGUCACAGCCCUCCAGCCGGUUUCCUCACGGAUUAUUCACCACCAAUCCGAAGACCAACGAAGCUUACAUCGAGGGGAUAUUCCGCGCCAUGCUUCAUGAACCUAAAACCCGUACAAUUAACGCUCAAAACCGCCCCGAGAUCGUGUCUAAGGAUGCCGACGGAGAAGAAAAAGAAGAAAGUGGUGUUCGCUGAUGAUAAAGGGUUAGCAUUGGAACAUGUGAAGCUUAUGACUGAGCCUUCGCACAUGCCGCCGUAUUGGGCGUUCAAAGUGGUCGGGAGUCCGCCCCAAGAGAGGAAACCUCCUCCUGAGCCUGUCGUGGACUUGUGGGAAACGAGGUUUGUGCAGCCGGCGUCGGAUUACGUGGAGUUCCGAAGGAAGAUCACAGAAGAGUGUGUAGCUUUAGAGAAUGUUAUUGUGAAACAGAACGAGUGUGCCGUGGACGGGACGGUGAAAGUGAAAAAUUUGGAUUUCGGCAAAGAAGUGUUCGUGCGGACCACGUCAGAUGGCUGGGCGACCUCGGAGGACUCGUAUUGUGCGUUUGUUGAAUCAGGACCUCCUUCGAAAAACGGCAACUCUUUAUAUGAUACGUUCAGGUUUAGACUUCAAUUGCCUAUUCAUUCACGGAGGUUGGAUUUUUGUGUGUGUUUCCGAUGCAAAGGCACGGAGUUCUGGGACAAUAAUAAGGGUAAUAACUAUAUUAUUGAGAAGUCUUCAGUCAGGAAUGUGCCGGCCGUGUCCUGUGCCCGGAUAAAUUACGGUAAUUCGUGGACAGCGCGAUCUGAAGCGAACGGUAACACGCCAUAUUGGUGAAUGAACUAUAUAAUAUUCUAAAUUGAAAAUGCAAUUUUACUGGGAUUUUCGAAUUUGGAACAGUGAACUGAUGAUUCUAAAUUGGAAAAUUUGAAACGGCGGAAGUGAUGUGCCAUAUUGAUGUGCCUUGAAGGAUGAAGAAAAAUAUUAAAAAAAUGUAAGUCUGAAAUGAAUUCUUUAGCAAAAAUAAAAUGUGAGGCUGAAAUUUGUGGACACCCGAAUUAAUAAAAAAUAUUUUUUUUAAUUAAAUAUACAGUGUCAUAGUAACACAUUGGUCUUUUACUUAAAAGGGUAUUUAUAAUUAGAAUGCUUUAUGAGAAUUCGACAAAUUUAAUAGGUACAGUCAAAAAGGUAUUUAAAUAAGUAUACAGGUGUAUGUUUCUGUUGUGAUUAUUUUUCCACCAAAUCUAAAUGAAUUUUUACACAAAGCUAAUGCUUAAAAGAUAAAAGAAUGCCAAAAGUUAUAAUUUAAAAUUAAUUUAUAUAAUUUUCUAAAAUAUUAUUAUUAAAUCGUUUACUAGCUAGUUUUUUUUAUUACAUUUUCGACUGUAUACCUAUUUAUUUCCUAUGAGACUGU